AAAUAAAAAAAAUAAAAAUAAAAAUAAAAAUAAAAAAAAUAAUCGGGAUUUUAAAGUCUCACUGCUCUAACAAGAAAGAUUUCGAUAUACAGAGGAUUUGCCACUGACUACAGAUUUGGCUGCUGGAGCUCGAUAAGUGGAGAAGCAGCUGCAAUCGCUAUCCUUGAUUCCCAGGAGCACAGAACUUCAGGAAAUGUAUUGGGUGACGUAUAGGCUCCCUAGCAGCUUCUUGGUGUUGAGCGGAGAUAUGGCUUCCAGCCCUUCACAAAUCACACAAAUACUAUGCAUAUGUUUCGCCGUACGCCAAAUGCAAGUUUCGCGAGCUGCAAUGUUCGGUCAUGAGUAAUUAAAAAUCCCCCAAAUGUGGAUUUGAUACUGUUUCAUUCGAGCAUUAAAAUUGAAGACCUCGGCUUGGAUCAUACAGUGAAUCCGGCAGUUUUUUUUUUUUUUUUUUUUUCUUUUGUUCAACAUUCCUGGACUUUGAAGGAGACUCAGUUCAAUUAAAUAUCUCUGCAAUGCAAUGAACAGAGCAAAAAAGAGACGACAGCAGAAAAAAUUAAUGAGCAUAUGAUAUGAUUCAGAUUCUCCACGUCAAGGAUUGAGGUUUAUUUCUCUGGGUUAAAAGGUGUCUCAACCUCUGAUGAAGCAUAUAUAAUGUUGAUGGUAGCUUGAAUUCUCCUGUCUCUUGAGGUGGUCCAUCUUGCUAACGAAUCACGAUAAUAUAACUGUGCUCUCGAUUUUCCUAGCCAUGCGGAUAGCUCCAGCUUUCGUGCUUUGAUGAUGGCUGUGAGCUUGAAGUUGUGGACGAUUUUGAUUCUCCACGUUUAACGCCAAGGUAGGCAACCCCGCGCAUGAUUGGCCUUCAAACAACGAGAAAACAUGGAUCUUUGUACCUGGCUCGCUGCCUAGAUCAUGACCAAGCAAGCUCCCCGCAGACACAGGCAACACCACCAUAAUUCUACUUUCCGUAUAUUUAUCGCGACGGACCUCCCAGUUUUAAAAUUUCUAGACUUUCAUUCGAUAUCGAAUCAAUCACUCAUACUUCUCCACAGUCUUUUUACAGUCAGAUCGCUAGAAAAUCCAACGCCGCCAAACAGAUACCAUGGCUGCUCAACCCAACCCUGCGCCUCUUGUGCUUCCCGGCUUUGGAAUCGAAUUGAAUCGCGCAGCAUCAUGGAGGGCAACCCUUGCUAAAGGUUAUGUCACGAAUACGCCAAAUAAGCAGGGAGAGCCUGGAAUAUUCCCCUCCCUCUUAGCCCUACAGACCUUGGAAGGAUAUCAAGCUAUGCAACACUUCACUCCCAUCCGAGAGUUCACAAUGCUUCAGAUUAUGAAUACCAUAACUGACAAGCCCGGCUGGGAAAAGAAGAUAUUUUCACCAGACAUCAUAAACAAAUGGAGAGAGGAGGUAAUGGCGCAUAAAGACAUGGAUGUGUCAGAAAAAAUGAUGGAUUGGGUCAUUAACGAGCUGCAAUUCAAAUCAAAGGGCUUCGAAAAGAGUGGAAACAUUUUGGUCUAUGACGCGGGUGUUGUGAAAUCGGACACCGCAAUCCCGGAUACUCUCCGGAAUGCGCUCAAAUCCGCUGCUGCCCGCUUAGAAGAUGUCCCAGACGACCAGAAGGAUUAUCAUCCCCAAUCGAACAACCAGGUUCUUGACCUCGUGCAUCCCUCUCUGUUUCCGGUGGUCUAUGGUCGGACUCGGAUUAUCACAGACGGCGUUCUAGGAAUUCACGAGGGGAUCGCUAGAGCUGGAUCUGGUGAGGUUCUUGAAAUUCCGUCGAAAGAAGAACUUAAAGCACAUAAAUUCCGGCAUGAUCGACCUGGUGAACUACAGAUUCCUUACAGUCAGAAGUUCCAGUGGCUUCCCUGUGACGUCGCGUUCACAACAGAUUCAACAGAUUCAACAGAAACGGACGGACACGACAAGGAUCAAAAUCUUAAUAGCUGCAAGAUCACCAGCUAUAUAAAUAACUUGCACCCAAGGGAACACCGAGAAUUAUAUGGAGUGAUCGAGCAAGUUAUCUCCCUCGCUGUUCCGUUAUGGAAUAGAACGCUAGGGUACGCGAAGUCCAAAACCUACACUCGCAUAACAUACCAUUUCUGCGAAAAGGAAGUUGACCACGACUUCGUCGCAGCUAUUCCAAGACCUGAAUUGGAAUCCGACGAAGACGAAGAUGACUAUUACGACCGCGUAGACGAAUGGGAAGAACAGAGCCAAAAAUUUAGACUCCCUGAGCCCGAUGCUAAAUUUUUGCCUCCGAACGAAGAUAUUCUCGUUGACUUGCAGCGGGAUUAUGGAAGUACUGGCUUGCAAGUUAUUGUAAAACUUGCCAACAUUCAUCUCACACCAGAAAAGCCCAGGUACAAUGGUGGUACGUGGCAUGUUGAGGGUCAACUAAAUGAACACAUAUGCGCUACCGCGUUAUAUUACUAUGACAGCGACAAUAUCACUGAAAGCCGCCUUGCCUUCCGCCAGCUAGCUGACGUGGACAGCGCUAGUGAGAUAGGGUACGAGCAAGACCAACACGGAUGGCUACCACUCGUGUUCGGUUGCCAGAAUGGCAACGCCCCUAUACAGGAGAUUGGCAACGUCGUUUGCAAACAAGGCCGACUCCUAACAUUCCCUAACAUCCUCCAGCACCGCGUUUCGCCAUUCCAGCUCGAAGAUCCGUCCAAGCUCGGCCACAGGAAAAUCCUCGCGUUGUUCCUGGUCGACCCCAACAUCCGCAUCAUCUCCUCCGCCAACGUCCCGUGCCAGAGGCGUGAUUGGUGGGCGGAACAGGUGCCCUGGGAAAAUAUCACGGGUCGCCUCCCCCCUGAGCUGUUCAGUGAGGUUGCGUCUCAUCUCGAUGACUUUCCGAUAUCGAUGGAAGAUGCGAAGGAGCUGCGAUUGGAACUUAUGGAGGAAAGGAAGGCGGUGGUUGUGGAGCAGGGUCAGGCGAUGGAGAGCUACACAUUUUCGUUAUGCGAGCAUUAAGACCGGUGUUGUCGGCUUGAAACUAUGAAGGUAAAGGCAGUGGUGUUGCGAGGGAGGUAUAAGAUGUGGCCGGCGAGGGGGGAAAUGGGGAAAGGGGGAAAUGAUAGGGAAGGGAUCUCCGCAGAGGAACCUUCAAGCUUUCUUCCCUCCGUCCACGUCUUGAUUGUACUGACCCUCAUCUCCUUCCUUUGGCGCCGUAAACACCACGCAUGCACUCGAGUCUUCGCAAACUACUCAAGUAGAUGUCAUUGCUAUUUAAAUAUACCUAUUUGUAACUUAAAUCCAAGCUUAUUCUAGCAAUGAUCGACUCUUCUCCUUGGCUGCAUUUUUCUGUUCCGCGGAUCAUAAUAGCCAUUUACAGUU